GCCCGACUGCUCGUAUAUUGCGGAGUCUAGUCCAAGUUAACAUAAGGUCACUACUGAGAUAGGUCACCAUGGAACUAACUAUACCGAUUUUAAACAACCCUUUGAGAACUUAUAUACGGAAUAAGUAUUUAAGACAUGAUUUACUACGGAAUUUUUACAAAUGUAUGGAUGUAAAUUAGAGGCAAUGUGAAGGACAUCCACCGGUUGUUUCAAUGGGUAUGUAUGCUAUAUUCAAACGGAAAAUAAGAGGGUGGUUAGAAACAUUAGAAUCUUUAAGUGCUAAUUGUAUCUCUCUUUGAUAUGAGUUCUAUUUAUAUUUCGUUUCUUACCAGAUAUUACAACGAUGUUUAGAAUCUCCUUGAGUUAGGAAGUAGGUAGGAAUACAAUCAUCUAAAGCCGCCAACCCCCUAAAAAGUCCAUUAAAGGGGACAUGCAUAUAAACAGUCGACCAUCCAAAGCACUAAUGCAUCUAAAGAAAACUUGAUAAGGUAGGUAAGUACCGAAGUACUAACUCAUCAGCCCCACACCGCUAGCAGAACCGGGCGCAUUGGGCUCCACUGAAAUUUUCUGUCUGCAUCGUUGCUUGUGACCUGCAGAGCUUCAUCGCAGUCCACCGCUUCCCAACCAAACAAUCUCUGCUCAAGGUGUUUGCGCAGACGUUCUCGUCUAUUACAACAUUCUUCCCCUUUCAAAUACUCAAGAAAUUAGAAGCCAGAAUGUCUUCCAAGAAGCGCAAGUCCGAAGAGGACCCCACCGCCAUCGCCGCAGUUAGCAGCGACAGCGCCAGCAAGAAACGCAGACGCAUAAGCGACGCUGUAGACGAGGAUGUCCCCAGAGUCGAGAAGAAGAGCAAGAAGGACAAGAAGGUAAAAAAGGAGAAGAAGGAAAAGAAGAGCAAAAAGUCCUCCAAGAAGGAAAAAUCCCACAAGCGCGCUUCUCCCGUCGAAGACGAGAUCGCCGCCGAGGAAACCACUGCGCCUGAAGUAGUCGACGGUCCUUCUGCCGAGGCCCCCGUCGCUCAAGACCCUCCUACCGCCGUAGAAGGCGAAGCCUCGGUCGAAAAGCCGUCCAAGAAAAGCAAGAAGGAAAAGAAAGACAAAAAAGACAAGAAGAAGGGCAAGAAAUCCUCUACUCAGCCCUCAACCACCGAGCCCGCCCCUACCCCCUCUGACCCCCCUCCCACCGCCGCCGGCGCCGGCGCCUCAGAAGAAGAAGAAGAAGAACAAGACACCACCGGCGGUAACCAAAACGGCAAAAAAUCACGCUUCAUAGUCUUCGUCGGCAACCUCCCCUACAGCGCAACCGCCGCGCAAAUAACCGCGCACUUCAGCGCCGUGCACCCGACCUCCGUGCGACUGCUCCACGACCCGAAGACCAAGAAAUCGCGCGGCGUAGCCUUCGUCGAGUUCGCGCGCUACGACCACAUGAAGACGUGCCUAAAAACCCUACACCAUAGCACCUUCACGUGCCCCCCAUCCACCACCUCCGCAAAGGAUAAGCGCCCCGCCGCUCCCGAAGAGAGAAAAAUCAACGUGGAACUGACGGCCGGCGGAGGCGGCAACACGGCGAACCGCAAGGAGAAGAUCCGGUCCAAGAACGCGAAGCUGAACGAGCAGCGCGCGCGCCGCAUCGAGGCGGAGAUCGAGGCCAAGGCUGAGAAGGCGCGGGAGAAGGCCGCGCGGGGCGGCGGCGACGGGGAGGAGGAGAAGAAAGAGGCCGCUGGUAGGAGCAUUGAGGACGCCGUCCAUCCCAGCCGUAGGAGAAGGGUUCCCGGCGCCUGAUCCGCGAUUCCGCGAUUCUACUGCCACUGAAACCGCAACCACAACCGUAACCCCUAGCCACCAUUCACUUCCAAAUUAGCCCAACUACGUAAGACGCUUCCCUUAUGGAGAUAUCAUUUUUUUUAUUAAUACGACGACAUGCUUUGGAAAAAAACAAACAACUAGACCCGUAAACACCCACAAACCUUAGACAAGACAACAAAAAAGAACACAGCAAAUCUAGGGAGACAUGCUGUAAAAUUUAGAUUCCUCUCGCAAAUAUGCUAUCUACAGAAUUGUGAAAAGGCGAGUCUGAAUAUCCUUAGGAGAGGGGGUCGCGAGCUCUCGCUACCGUUCUACCUAAGUCCAGUCCGGGGCGACACGCGACACACUCUCCUGCAGAAAACGACUAAAACCGGUUAUACCUGUAUUAUGUCCAAUUCGUAGAAAAAAG